AUGGAACGUAACAAAAAGCGAUCAACUAAUACUAAACUACAUAAAGAUACCCCCAUUAUGAUCGAUGUAAUAGGAUUACAUAUAAAUCUUAUUUAUUCGAGAUUAAAAGCAGUCGAGUCUGAGCUAAGAGAUAGAAAGGCAAAAUGUAAGCGUGAAUUACCAGAAUUUGAGACCGAUAAUAGCGAUACAUCAGAUGAGAUGGAAUCUCGAAGCAUUGCUUCCUCAAAUUGUUCUGAUAUUUUACCCUAUGUUGUUACAGUAAAAAAGAUACAUGAGUCUAAAGACCUCGGUUCUAUCCAUUCUAAACCUAAAAAGAAGCGAAAUAAGAACAAUGUAUAUAAUUGUACAAAG